AUGUCAUCAAAAACUGAUCAAACUGAUGGCAGCCUUGGAGCGUUGCAGGCACGAAUAGAGGAGCUUGUCGUCAUCAUCAGAGUGCGAACACAAAGUCUUUACAGACAAAAUGAUAGCAACAAGAGGCGACACAGAAUUCGCAAGGUCAUCUUAGAUGAGAAGAAACGCUUGGCGGCUGCUGUUGACGACUACAACAAGCUUGCUGAACCAACAAAGCAAAUCGUAUCCAGUGAUGCCCUCAUCCAGACCGACAUUUGGCCCUGGCAGAGCACAAGUGAACCUGCUGCAGACCUCCAGACAAAGAGAAAGGUCUUUGAGAAGGUGAUGGCUGUGAGGCGCCUGAGAGAGGAGGAGAUGAUCCUUUGCAGAGAGAUGCGGCAUCACUGGACAGUGUUGCGAAUGCGAUCUGUGGUGUUGGGGACAAUUUCCUCAGACUCCUCCCUUGUUGGCAUGUCGGCGGAUGCACAGAAGGGACUCCAUAGCCUGGUUUUAAAAAAACAAAGUGAACUGAAAGCUGAAAUGCUCAAAGUAAAGGACAUGUACAAGAGAAUCCUCAGCUACCAACCACUCCUGGAAAUGGACUCGGAGGAGGAGGAAGACAUUCCAGACGAUGCCACUGAGAGUGAUUUGAGCACUUCUGAUGAAGACUGA